AUGCUGUUUCUACGUGACCUGAAGGCGAACAACAAGCGGCCGUGGCUUAAAUCACAUGACGGAGAAUACAGAAGAGCCCUCAAAGACUGGCAGUCCUUUGUCGAAGCAACAACACAAACCCUCAUCGAAGUCGACGACACCAUCCCAGAGCUACCCGCCAAGGACGUCAUCUUUCGCAUCCACCGCGACAUCCGCUUCAGCAAAGACCCGACCCCCUAUAAGCCUCACUUCUCCGCCGCCUGGUCCCGCACAGGCCGCAAGGGCCCGUACGCAGUCUACUACAUCCACUGCGAGCCCAAGCGCAGCUUCAUCGGCGGCGGCCUCUGGCACCCCGAGGCGGCGCACAUCGCCAAGCUCCGCCAGAGCAUCGACGAGCGGCCCCGGCGCUGGCGAAGGGCAAUGGGCGACCCGCUCUUCAGGAAGACGUUUUUUCCAGCGCUGGAGAAGAAGGGGGUGGAGGAUGUGGUCAAGGCCUUCGUCGGGAGAAAUCAGGAGAAUGCGCUGAAGAAGAGGCCGAUGGGCUACGAAGUCACACACCGCGAUAUCGAACUCCUCAAACUCCGAAACUUCACCAUCAUGAAAAAUCUCGACGACGAAGUGCUAUGCGGCGACAACGCACAAACGAAACUCAAGGACAUUCUAAGCGGUUUGUCCGGAUUCGUCACUUUUCUUAACAGCAUUGUUAUGCCGGAUCCGAAUCUCGACGACGAUGAGAGCGAUGAUGAGGAUGGCCAGGAGGGCGAGGAGGAGCAUGCUGGUGAAGCGGCGGAAGACGAUGAAGACGAUGAGUAG